AUGGUUGUACUCAGACUGUUUGAGUUUGAAGCCACAACCACAGGUAUCCUUGCAAAAAUACACGAUGCCCUGCAGAGUGAUGACCCUUUCAUCCUGACUGAUGCCCAGGGAAAUGAAAUUGUGGACUCCGAAGGGACAAGAGGCUCCAAGUAUUGGAAGCAAAAUGCAAAGAAGUUUCUUGCUGUCCCAGAGAACAUCUUCCAUGAGUUCCAGCAAGGAACAAAGGGAAAGAAACUGAGUCAUAAAGAUAUGGACUCCACAAGUCUUCAGGAGGUCCAUGACAAAAUAGAAGAAGUGAUCUUGGCUGCUCAAGGACUGAGUGAAGUCACCACAGUCAUCAAGGACCUGUCAACACAUGCCAGCAACACCACGGGCGCCAUGCUGGUUCUGACCCACACCAUGAUAACACACGUGAAGGAUGCCUUUGGUUGUAUUGUGUGCAAAGGGCUAAUGGAAGAACCUGUGAUGGCCGUAUGCUGCAAAAGCUUUGUCAACUGCAAAAACUGCGUUGACCAGUGUAUGCUGACAUCCGACCAGUGCCUCAAAUGCAGGGCAGAUGAGUUCUCUGUCAAUGCACACAGGCUGAUCAGUCUGGACAAUGUUCUCUCCAUACUGGGUGGUGUAAUUAAGAUGUGA